UCCUGCAGGACAGGGAUGUGUUUUCAUUUGGAUGUGUUAGACAGGAUCGGGUCACACCCACCGUGACACACCGCCGCCCUCCACUUCCUCAUUUUCAGUCCAUACUUGCGACCUCCAAUCAUCACAUCACAGUGUCAGAGAUGAGUUACCCCGGAUACCCCCCUGCAGGUGGAAGUUACCCGUCCGCCUCCGGCCCGUAUCAGCAGGCCCCAGGCGGAUAUCCACCCCAACCGGGAGCCUAUCCUCCUCAGGGCGGAUACUACCCCCCUCAGCCCGGAGCGUUUCCCCCCGGAGCAGGAUACCCUCCCCAGGCCGGUGGAUACCCUCCUCAGGCUGGCGGUUACCCAGCUGCCCCGGGAGGAGGCUUCCCACCCCAGGCAGGAGGUUACCCUGCCGCCCAGCCCGGGACCUACCCCAACAUGCCCCCUGCAGCAGGUGGAUGGGGCGGCCAACCCGGCUUUGGAGCUCCGGGUGGAGGAAUGCCUCAGGGUUACCCCGGGGGCCCAGCGCCGGGACAGCAGCCCAUGCCCGCGUACCCUGGUGCUCCAAACCCGUCUAUGCCCGGGUACGGAGGGGGCGUCCCGACCGGACCGACACCACCAGCCGGUCCUGCUAUCAAUAAGGGUUACCGCGGUACCAUGAAGGAUUUUCCUGGCGCCGACCCGCUCAGAGACGUCGAGGUGUUGCGGAAAGCCAUGAAGGGCUUCGGAACCAAUGAAAGCGCCAUUAUUGAGCUUCUCGGCAGUCGAUCCAUCAAGCAGCGCGUGCCGCUGAAGGCGGCGUAUAAAACCACUUACGGCAAGGAUCUGAUGAGCGACCUGAAGUCGGAGCUGACUGGAAACUUUGAGAAUCUGGUGGUGGCCAUGCUGAAGUCUCCUACGCAGUUCGAUGCCUCUGAACUCAGGGAGGCCAUAUCGGGUGCAGGAACCGACGAGGCCUGUCUCAUAGAGAUUCUGUCCUCUCGUGGCAAUGCUGAGAUUCAGGAGGUUACUAAGAUCUAUAAAGCAGAAUACGGUAAAUCUCUGGAGGACGCCAUCAGCAGCGACACGUCUGGACAUUUCCGCCGUCUGCUCGUCUCUCUAUCUCAGGGUAAUCGAGAUGAGCGAGAGACUGUGGAUAUUUCUCUGGCCAAACAGGAUGCUCAGAAACUCUACGCUGCAGGAGAGAAUAAAGUCGGCACGGACGAGUCUCAGUUUAAUGCGAUUCUGUGCGCUCGCAGUAAACCUCAUCUGAGACAAGUGUUUCAUGAGUACCAGCAGAUGUGCGGCAAAGACAUUGAGAAGAGCAUCUGCGGUGAAAUGUCUGGAAACGUGGAGUCUGGAAUGGUGGCAGUGGUGAAGUGCAUUAAAAACACUCCUGCCUACUUUGCUGAACGUCUCCACAAAGCCAUGCAGGGCGCAGGAACCAAAGACAGGACUCUGAUCCGCAUCAUGGUGUCCCGCUCUGAGGUGGACAUGCUGGAUAUCAGACAGGAGUAUCUGCGGCUGUACGGGAAGUCGCUCUACACUGCCAUCUCUGGAGACACCUCUGGCGAUUACAAGAAACUGCUCCUGAAGCUGUGCGGAGGAAGUGACUGAAGAACCAGAAAGUCAGAUGCGUUACCAUGAUGACUGGAUAUGUGACGUCAUCAUAUUAAUCAUGCUCGUAUAUCAAUAUGUCAAAUAAUAUCAAUAGUGUCAUGUUAACUAAUACUGUAAUCUCUCUUUGCUUUAUUAAGUUCACAGCCAAAAAUAGGAUUUAAUUUGUGCCUUAGAAAAAUUAUUACUAUAAAAGUUUAUUAUUAGUUUUAUUUUGCUAUCUAUUCAGACUAUGCAUGAUAUCUAGAGAAGCUAUAUUUUGUACAGUGUCUUCAGUACCUGAUGCCAAAUCUGUGCUGUCACUUGCAACCAAAAAUACAAUCUGUUCUUCAUCACUGAAAUCUGAAAUGCCUUGGACGACUGAGUCUCUUGAAAUACUGAAAUAUAUGCCAUAAUUUUUAUAUAGUGAGCUUUAUGAUCUCAAUGCAAGAAGAAUAUAGGAUUAUGUCAAUCAUCAUGAAGGUCUUGACAGGUCAGUCUCAUGAAAACGUGCCAUAUUUCACCCCAAAAUCAAAAUAUAAAAUUAGAAAUGAUCUUUGCUUAAAGUCAAGCCUAUUUUAGGAACACUGAGAUAGUUUGCAUUAUCACACUUUUACACAUUUUUCAGCUAAAUUUCCUUAAUGCAUAAUAGGUGUUUCUUUUUACAUGUUUUUUUGUAAUUGUCAUUUUUCUGAAUAGUGAUUUUUAAUAAAUGCUGUUUUAUAGUAAAAACUAUUUAAACCAUAUUUUGUACUACAACAUACUAACAUUGCUUAAUAAAAUUGUUUUUUCUUUCUUCGUGGUAAUGCAUAGCUAUCUGUGGCUCUAAAACAGACCUUUGUUUUUUUUGCGUUUGGGAUGAAAUCUGCUCAGUUUUGUGAGAUUGGCCCUGUUUGUUGUCAUCGUCCAUAACUAGCAUGAAUGUGAAUCGCUGCAGCAGUAGAGGGCAGUAAAGUCAGCAAUCUUUCAUCCUGAUAAUCACUAGUUAAACGGAAGAUUCUGACUUGUCUAUUAACAUGAAGACUACUCUUUUUCAGGGAUUUCUUGCCUGUGUUUUUAGUAUGUUCACUCAAACUAAUCUGUACUGUUGUGUAGUAACAUUUGUGUCUGGAUAAUAAAAAACACUUCAUGAAUGAU